GCCGCGCCGCUGAGCCGGGCCCGUCCCGUCCCGUCGAGGCGCCAGCCCCCUCUGCUGCUGCCGGGGGCUCGGCCGGGCGAGCGCGGGCUGGGCCGGGCCGCGGGCUGGGCCCGGCUGGGCCGCCCGCCCGCCUAUGGGCUGAGAGCAGAAUGCCCGUCCGCCGCGGGCACGUCGCCCCCCAGAACACCUUCCUCGACACCAUCAUCCGCAAGUUCGAGGGCCAGAGCCGCAAGUUCAUCAUUGCCAACGCGCGAGUGGAGAACUGCGCCAUCAUCUACUGCAACGAUGGCUUCUGCGAGCUGUGUGGCUACACGCGGGCAGAGGUCAUGCAGAAGCCGUGCACGUGCGACUUCCUGUACGGGCCGGGCACCCAGAAGACCUCCGCCGUGCAAAUUGCCCAGGCGCUGUUGGGCUCUGAGGAGCGCAAGGUGGAGAUCUGCUUCUACAGGAAGGAUGGCAGCUGCUUCCUGUGCCUGGUGGACGUGGUGCCGGUGAAGAACGAGGAUGGGGCCGUCAUAAUGUUCAUCCUGAACUUCGAGGUGGUCAUGGAGCGGGACCUGCUGACCAGCCCGGUCAAGAACACCAACCACUGGGUCUCGCCAGCGGCCUGGCUCCCCACAGCUCGUGGCAAGUCCUUCCGGCUGAAGCUGCCGGCUUUGCUGGCCUCGACCGGGAGCAAGCAGUCGCUGCCACAGGACGACCCCGAUGAAGACGUGGUGGUGGACUUCUCCAAGCAGAGCAGUGAGUCCGUGGCCCUGAACGAGGCCCCCUCCUCUCUGGACAACACCUGCCUGGGCCACGGGGAGCCUGAGGACCGGCAGGCCUUGAUGGAGCGUGAGGGGGGCGGGGGGGCGGAGCCCCCCAUCACCCACUCCUCCCCACGGAUGGACAAGCCCCCCCGCCUCAACCUGCAGGCCUCCUUCUCCAACUGCAGCCUGACCCGCAGCCGCCUCCCCUCACAGAGCUUCUUCAGCGUGCGCCGAGCCUCCUCCGUGGACGACAUCGAGGCCAUGAAGGCUGAGAGCGACAAGGGGCGGGGCCAGGGCCACCACGCCAGCACAGGUGCCGUGAACCACGCCCGGAACCACCUGCUGAACUCCACCUCCGACUCGGACCUCGUGCGCUAUCGGGCCAUCAGCAGGAUCCCCCAGAUCACCCUCAACUUUGUGGACUUCAAGGCCGAGGCCUUCCUGACCGCCCCGCCCAGCGAGAAAGAGAUCAUCGCCCCCAGCAAGAUGAAGGACCGCACCCACCACGUCACGGAGAAAGUCACACAGGUGCUGUCGCUGGGCGCGGACGUCCUCCCGGAGUACAAGCUGCAGGCCCCCCGCAUCCACAAAUGGACCAUUCUGCAUUACAGUCCCUUCAAGGCGGUCUGGGAUUGGCUGAUCUUGCUGCUCGUGAUCUACACGGCCAUCUUCACGCCGUACUCGGCGGCCUUCCUGCUCAACGAUGGAGACGAGGUGCAGCGGCGGGCCUGCGGCUACUCCUGCAGCCCCCUCAACGUGGUGGACCUCAUCGUGGACAUCAUGUUCAUUAUCGACAUCUUGAUCAACUUCCGGACCACCUACGUCAACUCCAACGAGGAAGUGGUCAGCCACCCGGCCAAGAUCGCCAUCCACUACUUCAAGGGCUGGUUCCUCAUCGACAUGGUCGCCGCCAUCCCCUUUGACCUGCUGAUUUUCGGCUCCGGAUCGGAGGAGACCACCACCCUGAUUGGGCUGCCUGGAAGACUCCGGCUAAUCUGGGGCCGCCGGGUCCCUGCUUCCCUGCUGCUGAUGUGCACCUUUGCGCUGGAUGCAGCCCCACCUGGCUGGCCUUGCAUCUGAGUAAUGCCAUCGCCGGGGAACGUGGAGGGCGACACCAUCGGCUGGCUGCACUCCCUGGGCAGCCAGAUCGGCAAGCCCUUCAACGAGACCCACCCGCGCCACGGGCCGUCCAUCAAGGACAAGUACGUGACGGCGCUCUACUUCACCUUCAGCAGCCUGACCAGCGUCGGCUUCGGCAACGUCUCCCCCAACACCAACCCGGAAAAGAUCUUCUCCAUCUGCGUCAUGCUCAUUGGCUCUCUGAUGUACGCCAGCAUCUUUGGGAAUGUCUCGGCCAUCAUCCAGCGGCUCUACUCCGGGACGGCUCGCUACCACACCCAGAUGCUGCGCGUGCGGGAGUUCAUCCGCUUCCACCAGAUCCCCAACCCCCUGCGGCAGCGCCUGGAGGAGUAUUUCCAGCACGCCUGGUCCUACACCAACGGCAUUGACAUGAACGCGGUGCUGAAGGGCUUCCCGGAGUGCCUGCAGGCGGACAUUUGCUUGCACCUCAACCGGACGCUGCUGCAGAACUGCAAGCCCUUCAAGGGGGCCACCAAGGGCUGCCUGCGAGCCCUGGCCAUGAAGUUCAAGACCACCCACGCGCCCCCUGGGGACACGCUGGUCCACGCGGGCGACGUGCUGAUGGCCCUCUAUUUCAUCUCCCGGGGCUCCAUCGAGAUCCUGCGUGGUGACGUGGUGGUGGCCAUCCUAGGGAAAAACGACAUAUUUGGAGAGCCCCUCAACCUGUAUGCGCGCCCCGGGAAGUCCAAUGCAGACGUGCGAGCCCUGACCUACUGUGACCUGCACAAGAUCCACCGGGAAGACCUUCUGGAGGUCCUGGACAUGUACCCGGAGUUCUCCGACCACUUCUGGUCCAACCUGGAGAUCACCUUCAACCUGCGAGAUACAAACAUGAUCCCCGGCUCCCCAGGCAGCGAGGAGAUCAAUGGCAGCUUCAACAGACUUCGUCGCCGCAAACUCUCCUUCCGCCGCCGCACUGCAAAAGACGAGGCGAACGCAGGAGAGGCGAAAGGCCAGCAGAGGGCUCUGCCCGUGGGCCAGAACUGCCCAGGCGCCCCCCGCAGCCCGCCCAGGUGGGACCCCUGCCUCAGCAGCUCAGUGGCGUCCAGCCCCCCUUCCAGCGAUGAGGAAGAAGCCCCCGCCCCUACCUGCAACACCACGCAGCUCUCGCCCUGCGGCCCCGCUGGGGGCCCUCCUUCCCCCACAGUGACGGAGCGCCAAGGAAGUGAGACGUGCAACCCUCUUUCAGGAGCCUUCUCCGGGGUGUCCAACAUCUUCAGCUUCUGGGGGGACGGCCGAGAGCGCCAGUACCAGGAGCUGCCCCGCUGCCCCGUCCCCGCCCACACGGCCCUCAACAUCCCCCUGGCUGGCAGCGCUGGGGGGCGGCGGCAUCGCUGUGAGCUGGAGAACCGCCUGGACCUGCUUCAGAAGCAGCUGAACAGGCUGGAAGCUCGCCUGACAGCAGACGUAGGAGCCGUUAUGCAGCUGCUGCAGCGGCAAGCGGUCCUGGUGCCGCCGGCCUACAGCACCGUCACGUCUCCGCUUCCACCGUUCGACCCAGAGCCUGUCCCAGGAGAGUGCCCCCUUCCUGCCACCCUUGCCCAAGGCCAGGCUCUCCGGCCCCCCACUCAGCAGGUGCCUGGCUUCCCAGUGCUGCCAGCCAAUCCCGCCCAUCCCAGCGACGUGGUACUGCUCGUGGAGCCAACUCUGCUGUCGCCUCGGCGCCUUUCACUCCCGGGACACCUGGCCCCAGCCGGCCCGGACUCUUCCACGGACUUGCAGAGACACAGCUCGGACCCUGGCAGUUAAUGGCGCUCCGGGCGAGGCCCGGCCCAAAGGCCUUUCUGGGAGCUGGAACUGAGCCCCUUGUUGUGGAUGGGGGGUGCUGCCUGCCCCGGGCGUGGCAGGGGCAGAGGUGGGCGCCGCUCUCUCCGUGUUAGCUGGCCUAACGGGUGGGGCUACCCAGGACGACUGGCAGCUGACUGCCUGGUGGGGACGGUCAGUGGACAGACCAGCUGCUUGCAGGAGCUGAGAAUAAUCAUGAGUAAGGUUUAGGAUACCCCCCACCUACCUACCCACCCCCCCACGACCCCAGACAUAUCACUCAAGGCUGAGAGGACCUGCAGAGCCACCUGUGGGGGGGUCGGGGGCGAUGGGGGUGGGGGACGGGACUGGUUUGCUCUUCUCCAAGCACCUGAGCUCCCAGGUGAGAAAUACCUGCAGAUUUGUGGGGUGGAGCUUGAGGGGGGCGGGGUUUGAGGAGUGGUCCGCGGAGUCCUUCCGAAGCAGCUGUUUCCUCCAGGGGGACUGAUCGCAGCCCCCUCGGGAUCCAGGGUCCUCAUCCCAGGAGAUUUGCAGCCGCCCCCCGGGGGUUGGCAGCCCUAGAGCUGGAGGGCGUGUGGACCUGUGGGGCUGAGCCAGGAGCCCCCCCCCCCCUCAGGGUCUGUCUGAGCUCCCAGGCUGAGCCCUUGAGGGUUGAGUCACCCACGGGGAGCCCAUUCCCUUGCCAUGGUGCUUGUCUGGGUGCAGCCAGACUCAGCCAUUGUGGAGAGAGGGGGGGGAUGCUCACGUAGCCCCACUCCCACUCUGCGUCUCCAGCACCCGGCUGUCGGUAUUUGUGGCCGGCCAUCCCUGGUGGAGGGAGGGGGCGGCAGGGGCAGGCGCUCGGCUUGCUUCUGGCCCUCGGGGGCUUAGAACUUGGCUUCUAGCCACUCCAGGCCACCAGUAUGUUCCCAGAGGGAGAGCAAACGCCAGAGGCCACAGCAAGAGCCAGAGGCGCUGCCCAGCAUGCUACACUGAGGGAGGCGCCAGAGGCACGGAUGGGUGCCCAGCGGGUGAGGCAGUCAGCCUAUUUGUUGAGCCGUCUGCAACGGUGUGGCUGUGAUUGGCAUCCCACCCCCACCCUCUGCCAGAGGAGUGAGAAGAACAGGUUCUCUAGGACAUUUCUGGGCGAGGAUCUCUUCCCGACUUUGUGUAUCUCCGUUGUGUCUCCCCAUAUCCUGUGGAUAUUUUUUGUCUGUGUGCCCCCCAACCAGUAGCAUGAGCUGUUUCUGGCCCCAUAACCGCUGUCCUGUUGGCUGUAAUGGGGGGGAGGAUGUUUGCCCCUCUUCAACCCCUGCCACCGUUCUCCCAAAUAAAGGAGGGGGGAGCUGGGUGGUAGGUUCUUGCCUGCCUGCCUUCCUCCGCUCCUCAUGGGGGCAGCCUUUUACCAUCACAGAGGUCCUUAGAGUCCCCGUUCCUUUGCUCCAGUGACUGUCAGUCUCUGCUGGUCCCCGAGGAGGUCUGAAUGCACAACGACAAAGCCCCUCCUCUCCAGUCUCGCCCCCCCCCCCCCAAUCAGCAUGCUGUGCUCAGCAUUAGCAACUUAGCCCAAUAAACCUGAAGUCAGACGGGGCCUUCGGUGGUGUUUGUGUCCAUCCGUGGCACCUCUGGCACAAAGUGGGAUCGGGACGUGGCAGCCACCUGGACUGACCCACGGCUCUGCCUGCAUGGGAAGCCACCGAUGCACGUCGGCCUUGACCCGGAGGAAUUUGCCAGCACUUAUUCCACGUUUUGGCUCUUGGGAAACAGACUGAACACACACGGGCCAGCCACGGAUGUCCGUGCGUGGAGCUCUGCUGCAGCACCCUUUGGAGUGGUGGGCGUGGCAGGGCUGGGGAAAGAGGGGAGGGCCCAUUCGGGGUGGAGAAGCUGCACAGGCCGGGGCUUCGGGGCUCAGGAGAGAUACGACCAGACUAGGUGGCCCAUUCUCUACCAGUGACCUCACUGUUUUUCUCACAGCCAGAGGGCAACUGCAGAGAACAGAGUCUGCAAGAGGAUGCCGUCCCAGUGCAUGCACACCACACCACACCACACACACACCCCCCCCAUGCUUUUUUCUGAUCUGAAAAGGCCCUGAGGGGGGCUUUCUUUGCCCUGCUGUAUGCAGCCCUCCAAAGGGGCAAAUAAUCCCUCUGAACAGUUUUGGGUCAGGAAAAAGGCAGCAGGGGAGGGGGAGGCUCUGUGCCGUGGCCCCCACCCAAAUGGAGCCCAGCAUGCUUGGGGAGUGCCACGCCCAGCAGUGCUCCUCCUCAGCCUGGUUCCCGU